AUGACCGGAAAUCCUGUAGACCGCACCGUGGUGGUGUCUUCGCCUGGCAAGGUGCUUCUAGCCGGCGGCUACAUUGUGCUAGACCGCAAGCACACCGGGUUGGUGUUUGGGCUCAGUGCCCGCAUCCACGUCCUGGCCCAGGAGAUUCCCACCAGCAGCGGCGUCCAUCUUCGCGAAAUCGUUGUACGCAGCCCGCAGUUCCUCAAUGCUACGUGGAGGUUUGGGUAUCAUCUUGUUGCCAACGGCGGUGGAAUCAAGGUCACUCAGUUGCAAUCGGGGACGCCCGUGGACUCAAACCACUUCGUCGAAACCACCCUCAACUACGUCCUCUCCUACAUCUCCCACGCCGACCCCUCCCGCGCCACCCGCGGCUUCGAACCCGCCUCCCUCCUCGUCCUAGCCGACAACGACUACUACUCCAAACCCCAGGAUUCCACCACAACCCCCAACACCUCCAACCCCCCUCGCUUCCAACACUUCAGCACAACCCUCCGCAACGCCCACAAAACAGGCCUCGGCUCCUCCGCCGCCAUCGUCACUUCCCUCACCGCCUCCCUCCUAGCCCACUACCUGCCCCCCGCACUCUUCGACCUCUCCACCCCACACGGCCGUCGCAUCCUGCAUAACCUGGCGCAGGUCGCGCACUGCUCGGCGCAAGGGAAGAUUGGAAGCGGGUUUGAUGUGGCGAGCGCGGUGUAUGGGUCGUGUGUGUAUCGAAGGUUUAGUCCGGGGUUAUUGGGGGCGUUGCCGGGGCCGGGGGAGGCGGGGUUUGCGGAGGCUUUGGUGGGGUUGGUGGAUGAUGAUGGAGAGAAGGAAGGGGGGAAGUGGGAUUAUGAGAUUGAUAAGGAGUCUGUGGGGUUGCCGAAGGGUGUGGCGAUUCGGAUGUGUGAUGUGGAUUGUGGGACACAGACGGUUAGUAUGGUGAAGAAGGUGCAUGCAUGGCGGGAUGAGAACCCGGAGGCUGCUGGGGAGGUGUAUGGGAAGUUACAGGGGAAGGUGGACGCGCUGGCUAAGGCGUUGAAACGGGGGGAGGUUGAGUCUGUCGAGAAAGUGAUGGGCCCGUUUAGGGAGCUGAUGAGGGGGUUGGGGAAGAAGUCUGGGGCGGCGAUUGAGCCGGAGAGUCAGGAGGAGAUGUUGGAUGCGUUGGAGAAGGUGGAGGGGGUGUUGGGGAGUGUGGUGCCUGGGGCCGGGGGGUAUGAUGCGGCGGCGGUGGUGUUGAGGGAUGAUGAGGAGACAGAGAAGAGGGUGGAAGGGUUUUUGAGGGAGUGGAGUAAGAGUCAUGGGAUUCAGGUUGGGUUGAUGAAUGUUAAGGGGGAGACGGAAGGGGCCAGGUUGGAGGAUCCGAGGGAGUUUAAGGCGUGGGUUGCUGCGGAGUGA